AUGGCCUCUUAUUCACCCGUCAAGGAGGCGGGUCGUAUCUUCUCGCUUCUCUGCGACCAAGCCGAGCGUCUGAAUCUUCCCGAGGAGGUGGUUACUGGACAAGAUGCCGUGUCCUUCUAUUCGUCGCAUGACCAGAUCUACUUUCCGAUCCCGUUCAAGGAGGCCGAAACACUCGCGGCAUUGAAAGGUGUGGAGGGCUCUGUUGCCGCUGCGAUUGCGGACUUGCGAUAUGGACCGGCUGGGCAGAAGCGGAACGUCAAGAUCAACUUGGAACGCGCGACGGCAUUCGGUUGCCAGGCGUAUAUGGCAAAGGUCGACGGACUAGCCAAGAAUGACCCCGAGGUGAAGAAGAAGCUGAAAGAUACCGACUUGCUUGCGGCGCAAUCGAAUGGGUACCGCCGGAUGUCGGCAAACUUGUACAAGACCAAGAACGAGGGCGAGUUCUUCCACAUCCAUGGCUCUCUCGAGGCCACGACGACUCUGAAUAUGAUCGGGCUCGAGGGCCACCGUCCCGAUCUGACGGAUUAUGAAGAUGUGAUCAAGGUGAUUGAGAGCAAGGUGCAGAAGUACUCUGCUGCAGAGUUGGAAGAGAUGAACAAGGAGCGCAGACAAGCCGGUGUGACAGCAUUCAAGCACGAGGACUUUAUCAAAACCCCUCAUGGAAAACACAAUGUCGAGCAACCGCCGUGGAAGGUCACAAAACUACCUGGAGAUUUGCCACCAACACCGUUCCCCGAGUCCGACAGCAAGAAGAUCCUCAAGGGUAUUAAAGUGCUUGAACUCUGCCGAAUCAUCGCCGGGCCCACAGUCGCCCGCAUCCUCACAGAAUACGGAGCCGAUGUCCUGAAAAUCACCAGCCCCAACCUCUCCGACGUUCCCUUUUUCCAGGUAGACGGCAACAUGGGCAAGCACGCCGCAGACCUCGAUCUAAAGUCCGAUGAAGGCCGCAAAGUGUUUGAGCAGCUCCUCGCAGAUGCAGAUGUACUUGUCGACGGGUACCGCCCGGGAGCCCUAGAACGCCUCGGCUAUGGACCAACAACACUUGCCUCUCUCGCCGAAAAGCGUGGAAAAGGCAUCGUCUACGUGAACGAGAACUGCUUUGGCUACGAAGGCGAAUGGGCCGGCCGACCAGGUUGGCAGCAAAUCGCCGAUUGCGUAACAGGCAUAGCCUGGGCCCAAGGCCAAUUCAUGAACCUCUCCACCCCCGUCGUCCCCCCAUUCCCCAUCUCCGACUACGGCACAGGCUGCAUGGGCGCCAUCGCCGCCCUAACAGGCCUCUACAACCGCGCAAAAUACGGUGGCUCGUACCAUGGCAAAGCCUCCCUCAUGCACUAUGACCUCCUCCUCUUCGCCGUAGGCAAAUACCCGGACGCCGUGCAAGAGACCAUGCGCGCGUCGCAGCCACCAGAGUUCUUCAAACUGCGCCACUGCGACAGCGUCGAUCGAAUCUCCUCGACUGUACUCAAGGGCAUGCAGAAGCGCUUCCCGCAUCUGUAUCUCCCUCCCGGUGCCGGGGAGGAGGCUCUGACGGAGAAGUGGUAUUCCAAAGCGUAUGGAGCGGAGAUUGAAGUGGUGAGACCGAUUGCGGAGAUUGAUGGGGUGGAUAAUAGCUUUGAGCGGGCGAGUCGGCCGAAUGGGUCGGAUAGGCCGAGUUGGGACGAUUUUGAAGUUGAGGAUGGGGAUCGGAGGUUGGUUUAGCUGUGUUGGUUGGAUUGGAACUAGGUGCUAGACUUGCAUCUACUCUUUAUACAGCCGCAUUAUCCUGAACAGCUUAUAUAGUUUUUUUUUCUCUAUAACCUACAUGCUUAUGUCCCGUGUUUGAGGUAAAGAGCUGUCGAGUAACAAGAGUAUUGCCUCAUAUUAAUACUAUACUACUCAGUGUCAACUAUCC